UUUUAUAAUAAAAAACUGAAUUGUGGGGAUGUGGUGCAAACACCGAGCUCGCGAGUGAACUUUUUGACAUUCUUCGUUGGAAUCUUCUCAAAAUUCUUCUGCAGCCAACAAUUUUAUGCGUUUAUGAAUUUAAAUUUAAUUAUUGUCAGACAUUUCAUAUCCCCAUUAAUUGCAAAGUUUUCAGGAGUAAAUAUCUUCGACAAAACCUCGAAUCAUUCAGUGACGAACCUCCACAACCUAAGCUAAGCCGCCUGCCAGUUUUCUCAGGUCCGCGUCUCUCUUUGAGAUUCAAAGGGUAUAUAUUACCCGAUAACACAUGUCUUAUGAUGAUUCUUAUAUAUCGAUGGACAUAAUGGAGCAGACACCACAAGAGUCUUCAACUUCAUUAUGGAAACAGAUCUCAACCAUCAGGCAAACGGCUUUAGAAGCAUACAGAAGAAAACCAAUCUCACAUUGGAUUCUUCUUGCUCUAAGCAGUGUUGCAAUGCUCAUAGCUUUCCCCGCUUCAUCUAUACUUUCCCGUGUUUAUUACGACAACGGUGGGAAGAGCAAGUGGAUCAUUUCCUGGGUAUCGGUCGUUGGCUGGCCUAUUCCGGCUUUAUUAUUAUUUCCCAUGUAUUUCUUAUCUGAAAUCCGUCCUACCCCUCUGAAUUGGAAGCUUAUUAUUUCUUACAUUGUGUUGGGCUUUUUAAGUGCAGCUGAUAACCUCAUGUAUGCAUAUGCUUAUGCAUACCUCCCUGCUUCUACCGCUUCGCUUUUGGCAUCAUCAUCCCUCGUGUUUUCUGUACUAUUUGGUUACCUUCUUGCCAAGAACCAACUCAAUGCUUCGAUACUGAAUGCUGUCUUCAUAAUCACAGCUGCAGUUGUGAUGAUCGGUCUAGAUUCAAAUUCAGAUAGAUAUGGAGGCAUAACUGAUCGACAAUACAUAUUGGGUUUCGUAUGGGAUAUCCUAGGCUCUGCUCUCCAUGGACUCAUCUUUGCUUUAUCGGAGCUAGUUUUCAUUAAGUUACUCGACAGAAAGUCUUUCCAUGUUGUGUUGGAACAGCAAGUAAUGGUUUCAUUUUUCGGCUUCUUGUUCACCACUCUCGGCGUCCUUCUAAACAAUGAUUUUCAAAACAUGAAAUCAGAGGCAGCAAGUUUCGUUGGUGGUACGUCGUCAUAUUUGCUUGUGCUUAUUUGGAGUGCAAUUUCUUUCCAGUUAGGUGUGUUGGGAGGAACUGCAGUUCUGUUUUUAUCUUCAACCAUUCUUGCCGGAGUUUUAAAUGCUGUUCGAGUACCUAUUACGAGUAUUGGUGCUGUCAUAUUCUUAAAAGAUCCUAUGAGUGGCUUCAAGAUCCUCUCUUUAGUCAUCACUUUUUGGGGAUUCAGCUCUUAUAUUUAUGGCAGUUCCUCUAUAAUAUUCUCUUGAUAAUCAAGAGCCAUGUCUCAUGAUGAUUCUUACAUAUCAAUGGAUGAAAUGGAUCCCACACCACAAGAAUCAAAGAACAGCAACAUAAAGCAAAUGGCUUUACAAGAAUUUAGAACAAAACAAAUCUCACAUUGGAUUCUUCUUGUUGUAAGCAGCAUAUCAAUGUUGUUAGGAUUCCCAGCUUCAUCUUUACUUUCUAGAGUUUAUUACAACAAUGGUGGAAAAAGCAAAUGGAUCAUUUCAUGGGCAUCAAGCAUUGGUUGGCUUAUUCCAGCUUUAAUAUUACUUCCCAUCUAUUUCUUCUUUCAUAUCAAGCCCACCCCUUUGAAUUGGAAGCUCAUUGUUUCUUACAUUCUAUUAGGCUUCUUAAAUGCAAUUGAUAGCCUAAUGUAUGCCUAUGCUUAUUCAUAUCUCCCUGCCUCUACCGCUUCGCUUUUAGCUUCGUCGUCGCUCGUAUUCUCUGUACUCUUCGGUUACUUUCUCGUCAACAACAAACUCAACGCUUCGAUACUUAAUGCCAUCGUUGUCAUCACUGCUGCAGUCGUAAUGAUUGGUUUGGAUUCAAAUUCGGAUAGAUACGGAGACAUAACGGAUCGAGAAUACGUAUUUGGUUUUAUGUGGGAUAUACUAGGCUCUAUUCUUCAUGGACUUAUCUUUGCAGUAUCAGAGCUGGUUUUCAUAAAGUUACUCGAUAGGAAGUCGUUUCAUGUUGUGCUGGAACAACAAGUGAUGGUUUCUUUUUUCACUUUCUUGUUUUCAACUAUUGGGGUGUUGAUGAAUGAUGAUUUUCGAGAAAUGAAAUCGGAGGCAGCGGGUUUUGUUGGCGGUAUGUCGUCGUAUUUGGUUGUGAUUGUUUGGAGCGCGGUUUCUUGUCAGUUGGGAGUGUUGGGAGGAACUGCUGUUGUGUUUUUGUCUAAUACAAUUCUUGCUGGAGUUUUGAAUGCUGUUAGAGUGCCUAUUACAAGUAUUGGUGCUGUUAUGUUCUUGAAAGACCCUAUGAGUGGCUUCAAGAUUCUCUCUUUAUUUAUCACUUUUUGGGGAUUUAGCUCUUAUAUUUACGGCAGUUCCUCGAUAAGUACUUAAGGCUCAUUUGGGUUGACUUUCUAGUUAUUUGUAAACAUUAUUUGUUGGCACUUAAAAAACCAAUUCAAACACGUCAAAAAUGUAACAUCUUUGUAUGCAAUUUGCUCAUUUCAUGGUAAAA